UAACCCAAAUCAAUCUUCUAUCAUUUUCCUUUCUAUUUUUUUCUUUCCUUAAUUUUGGUUGCUUUAUUUUUUCUUUUGUUCUCACAUUUCCACUAUUAUUUCCAUUUCCAAUAUUAUUUCCCCUUCAAUUAUACACACAGAUAUUAUUAUACAUCUUCUAUACAUAAUAAUACGCGUAUCACUCUUUUAAGAUAUUCUAAAUCCCUUAUCUGUCUCCAGAUCCAAAAACUCGUCAAAAAAUUUCAUCUCUUGAACAACAAAAACCCAAAAGGGUUUCUUUGAUCUAUACACACACACACACAUUCAAAAUCACCCUUUUCUACAUAGUUCUUGUUCAUUAGUCAUCAUCGAUCUCUUGUUAUCAUAGAUCUAUUCAUUGAUUUCAUCGGUUCAUAACUAUCUUUUUUGUCCACAAGAUUCUACACGCUUCAAUCUCUUCAUUUAUACCACUAACUCAUCCAAGAAAGUUUCAAUCUUUUCUUGGUGCACCCUUUUCUUGAUUUGUGUUCUUGAUUAGUAGAUCUGUAAUUUAAUCUUUCUGGGGUUGUUGUUUUGUUGGUUGCCUGUAAGGUGUUUGAUGCUUUGCCGCAGUGAUGCAGACUGAUCAGAGAAGAAAGGGAUCUGCGGAGGUGGAUUUUUUCACCGAAUAUGGUGAAGGAAGCCGGUACAAGAUAGAGGAAGUGAUCGGUAAAGGAAGUUACGGAGUUGUGUGCUCUGCAUACGAUACUCAUCUUGGUGAGAAGGUAGCAAUAAAGAAGAUAAACGAUAUAUUCGAACAUGUUUCCGAUGCGACUCGUAUCCUGCGCGAAAUCAAGCUUCUUCGGCUCCUCCGGCAUCCGGACAUUGUAGAAAUCAAGCACAUCUUGUUACCACCUUCCAGAAGAGAAUUCCGAGAUAUAUAUGUCGUGUUUGAGCUUAUGGAGUCUGAUCUGCAUCAGGUUAUCAAGGCUAAUGAUGACUUGACACCAGAACAUUAUCAGUUCUUCCUUUAUCAGCUUCUUAGAGGAUUGAAAUACAUACAUACAGCAAAUGUUUUUCACAGAGAUUUGAAGCCAAAAAAUAUAUUGGCAAAUGCCGACUGCAAACUCAAGAUCUGUGACUUUGGUCUUGCAAGAGUCGCGUUCAACGAUACACCCACUGCAAUAUUCUGGACAGAUUAUGUUGCAACAAGAUGGUACAGGGCUCCGGAAUUGUGCGGAUCAUUUUUCUCUAAGUACACACCGGCUAUAGAUACGUGGAGUAUUGGUUGUAUUUUUGCGGAACUUUUAACCGGAAAGCCACUUUUUCCGGGGAAAAAUGUGGUGCAUCAGUUGGACCUCAUGACUGAUCUUUUGGGGACCCCGUCACCUGAAGCGAUAGCCAGGAUAAGAAAUGAGAAAGCCCGGAGAUACUUAAGCAGCAUGAGGAAGAAAAAACCGAUCCCUUUUUCACAGAAGUUUCCGAAUGCAGAUCCUCUUGCUCUUCGUUUACUAGAAAGAAUGCUUGCGUUUGAGCCUAAAGAUCGUCCUACUGCCGAGGAGGCACUUUCGGAUCCGUAUUUCAAGAAUUUGGCUAAGGUUGAGAGGGAACCUUCUGCUCAACCGGUAACUAAAAUGGAAUUUGAAUUUGAAAGAAGAAGAAUUACGAAAGAUGAUGUUCGCGAAUUGAUUUAUAGAGAAAUUCUUGAAUAUCAUCCCAAAAUGCUGAAAGAAUACUUGGAUGGCGCUGAACCAACUAGCUUCAUGUAUCCAAGUGCUGUUGACCAAUUCAAGAAGCAAUUUGCUCAUCUUGAGGAACAUUAUGGCAAAGGUACAACAGCUGCACCUCUAGAGAGGCAACAAUCUUCAUCAUUACCAAGGGCGUGUGUAUUAUAUCCAAAAGAAACCGCUGCACAAGGUACAGUGGACGUUACAAAUGGUCUAUCGAAAUGCUCAAUAAAAGAAGUUGGGAAGCAGCAAUACAUGACUAACCCAAUGCCAAUGACCAGACUUCCUCUACAAGUUCCUCAAAGCAUCCAAGGAGGAAGUGCUGCGAGGCCUGGCAAAGUAGUUGGUUCCGUCAUGCGUUACAACACCAAUAAUGAAGCUAUUGAACAACAACGAAGGGUCGGCAGGAACAACCCGGUAGCCGCCCCGACCCAAUUCCCACUUCCCGCCUCUUCCUACCCUAGAAGAUCAUCCUCAUCCGCCUGCAAAAACGAUAAAGUAGAAACGACCAUCGAAGUUCCCGGAAACGGGCUACAAUCUAGACCUCCAUACAUUCCAAGAAAAGUUGCUGCUGCUCAAAGCGGGCCGGGUAGUCAGUGGUAUUGAUUUCUGAAACGGGCCUUGGGGUACGCGGUAAGUCAUAAGGGCUUUGCCGGUAAGGAAAUGGACCAUGCUAGCAACCCGAAAGGGUUAAUCGGGAAGCUUUGUUGGUUAGACCGGAUGGGUAUAUUUGUCAUCUUAAUUAGCUUCUGGUUUGGACCUAUUGAUGGAAUUUGUGAAGAUGUUAAAAAAAAGACUAUUAAGCAGCUAACAGGCUAAUAACGACUCUCUUGAUUCACUAAUGUUUUGACUUGUAAAAAUUAACUCUUGUUUAAGAUUUUUAAUUGUAUCUUUGUAAUAAUAUGUACUUUGUUUGAAGAACGUGAAUAUUUAUAUUCUAUUCUAUUUUCUUGGUUGCA